CUCGUAGAGUACCGGUUUUGUAAACACAAUUAUAGAACAAUAGGUUGCGGUCACCGGUAACCGCUUGGUGUUUGACAGUUUAAAGCCAAAAAGAACGAAUAGACAUACCGACGUGUUAGAUUUAAAGUGUAGGUGCUAUAUACUCCAACGAUAUGGUUUGGUGCAAGUUCAAGUGGAAGUGUAUCUUAUUUACAUUUAUAAUCUUAUUUAACGAUUUAUCAAAAUCACUACCUGCUAUUAAAUCUUCGUCGUUAUUAAAAUCUGAUACCGAAUUAGACAAUUAUAAAAGCAGCGUUGCCCCAAUAGCUUUUGAAAAACUUUUUAAUAAUUAUAGUGAUAUAUUGGAUGAGAAUAAAAAUGUGUCUGGCGGUGAUGUGACUGUCAAUGCAACCCGAAGUGCUGUAUUCAGAAAUAUUAGACCAGGUCAAAUUGUACGUUCGUAUGUAGUAGAAAUAACAGUCAAUGGAAAUUCAUUCAAUGGACGAGCUGUACUGGAUGUUCUAUUAACCGCAGAUACUAGAGAAGAUUCUAUCAUUCUUCAUGCUGAGGGUUUAAGUGUCAAUUCGGUGAAAGCAGCAAUUUUAGGUGGUUCAAAUUUCCAAGAUGUGGACUUUUAUGUUGAUGAUGGAGAACUUGAAAUUUCUCCAGAGAGUGUAGCUUCUAUGUACUCGAUUAUUAUAGAGUACAGUGGACAACUAUCAAAAACUGGACGUGGCCUUUAUUUAGGAGGAAGCGACCAAAACACAUAUUUGGCAAUGAAUCUACAUCCAACAUACGCGAGACGUGUGUUUCCAUGCAUGGACGAGCCCACAGAAGCACCUAUGAUCUCGUUCUCAUUUGAAGGCCUACAUUAUACUCAUGUAACAUCGAACUCUAUACUAUCAGAAAACAGCCAGACCCAAUUUCUACCAUUGGUAGGUCCGCCUCACCUUUGGGGUAUGAUUGCACACAAUUUUAUAACUGUCAACAUACCGACUGCUAACGUAAUGCUAUUUUCAAGACCUGGAGUUUCCAACCAAGAUUCACAAGCCUCCGUAGCCAUAAAUUUCUUCUUCCAUGAUUUGAAUGAAUGGACUCAAAAGCCUUACUUUGAAGUGAUACAGAAUCAAGAUGGCCGAAUGAACAUAAUGGUGCUACCUGAUGUAUCUACAGACUGGAACUCGCUCUCUACAGUCGGUAUUUGGGAGCCCUACGUAUUCAUGGAACGAGUACAUGCAGUGAAACAGAGGGUGAUAGCACUGACUAAAAUAGCAGAAGCUAUGUCCAGGCAAUGGUUCGGAUAUGUGAUCUACCCGGAGAACUGGAAGCACGAAUGGGUCGUCGCAGGAUUCACCACAUACUCGGCAUAUGAAAUGAUGAGGCUGUUCCAGGGUCACAUCAAUGUCAAUGAUGUAAAUUGGCUAGACGUUAAUACAUUAUUCGUAACUGAAGUUAUACAAGAAAGUUUGCUACGCGAUGCCUACAUCAACUCAAGUCCAUUAGAACCUGCAGGCAAUCUUUUUGAUGAAAAUGCAAUAAGGGAUCAUGUUAAUGGACUCGUCAAGUUAAAGAGUGCUGCGGUCAUGAGAAUGAUCAGGCUUGUGCUCGGUGACGAAGAUACCGACUUCAUUCAAAUAGCAGCGAGAACACUCCUUAAUAUACGAUCCCUAGAAACUAUUAAUACAUUGAAAUUCAUAGAUGCAAUAAACAAUGAAUUAAUAGAGGUAGGAAACAGUAAUGUUGAUGACUUUGAUGAAUAUUUAGAACCAUGGGUAAAAAGCAACGGGUAUCCUCUUCUACAAGUUGUAACCACAAAUAACGGCGUUUUGUUGCUUCAGACCCCAUUUGGUUUCACAAAUAGAGAUUCUCCAAGCCGUCUCUUACCAAUAACCUACACAACGAGUAUAGAAAAGAACUUCGAUAAUAUUCAUCCGCAGUUUAUGUUAGAUAUAAAUCAUAACAUAAACGUAUUCUUAGACGAAGAAGAUUGGAUUCUGUUCAAUAUUCAGGGGCAAGGAUAUUAUCGCGUUAGUUAUGACGCGACGCUUUGGGAAAGGAUUAUUAACGCUCUUGAAGUUCCUGAAAGGAGGGCAGAAAUACAUCCUCUGAAUCGUGCUACUCUUGUAGACGAUGCUCUUAACUUGGCCAGAGCUGGACAGCUGAGCUAUGACACAGCAUUUGCAGUAGUUCUGUCUAUGGAAAAUGAAACUGCAUAUGCCCCGUGGAAAGCUUUCAUCAGAAAUAUGAAUUUCUUGAAGAAACGGUUAGAAGCUUACGUUUUUGACGAUGAAGAUUUAGAUUCUGAUAUUUAUUUGAAAAUGGUCCGUAGAACAAUAACAGCUUUUGAAAGAGAAAUAACGUUCUACCCUUAUACAUAUAUAACUGAGCCAGCAAUGACCUCAAUGACUCGAGGUCUGGUGAUGGACCACGCUUGUAGAGCUGGAUACAAGCCUUGCAUCGCUGCAGCAGUCAGCUAUUUCUACGAUCCAAACGAUAACGAAGAAGUGAAUCCUAACAUUCCACACGAAAUCAGAUCAGUAGUAUACUGCACUAUGGUGAGAGAAGGUGGUGAUGAAGUCAUAGAAGCCCUAUAUAACAGGCUGGAUAUCGAACCGACCCAUUACGAGAGAGUCGUCAUUCUGGAGUCUCUAGGAUGCUCAAAAGAUCCCAAUUUUAUUAACAGACUACUCAUGCAAACUAUAGCAGCAGAUAGUCCAUACGGUGUUGAAGAACGAGUGAAGAUUUUCGCUGCAGUGGCAGAAAGCAGUUACACGAAUGCAGAUCUAGCUCGUGAUUUCAUGAGGUUGAGAGUCAAUGAAAUAAGAAACAUGUAUGGCGUUGAGAAACUUGAAGAAUUGAUAUAUAUCCUCGCAGAAAAUAUUGCCGGCAAGGAUUUAUCUACAGAGUUUGAAAUCUGGGUGCGCAGUAUGAACAACUACCUGGAUGGCUCACAAAUGGUGGCCGAACGUGCACUCGCAUAUGUGCAAGAGAACCUCAAAUGGGAAGACAAAUAUAUAGACGAUGUAUAUAAAUUUAUUUCUCACCUCGGUUCCGACGAUCCUGUUGAUCCCGUUGAUCCCGUCGAUCCUGUUGAUCCCGUCGAUCCCAUUGAUCCCGUCGAUCCUGUUGAUCCCAUCGAUCCCGUUGAUCCCGUCGAUCCCGUUGAUCCCGUCGAUCCCGCUGAUCCAAACCACUCCCCCACAUUAAUACCGUCACUAUUAGCUCUCUUUGCAUCUACCAUAGUGGCAAUACUCUAUCAUUAGAACAAUAAUUUAUCUUUAUUUGGACAUGAUAAAAUGGGACUACUAAUAUUUGUUCACCAGAUGAGGCUUCUCGUCAACUCGUCGAUUAAAAAUUUUGAUAAAUGCUAUUUGGUGAGCAAAAAACGAUAGCACCCUUUGUGUAGAUACUUUAGGUGAAUUUACAAAUGUUUCAAAUAUUUGUAAUUAUAUAAAUACAUAUAUUUAAAUAUAGAAAGCUAAAAAUUU